AGGAGUCAGAAAAGUAGAGAAAAAAACAAAACAUACGGAAUGAGUGAGUCACUGAAGCGAAAUUAUUGUGUGGGUGAAGAGUUAGGAAGGGGACGAUUCGGAACCGUUUUCAAGUGUUACUCGCCGGCGACCGGUGAGUCAUUCGCCGUCAAGUCUAUCGACAAGCGACUAAUCGCCGAUGACGCCAUAGAUCGACAAUGUCUUUACAACGAAGCGAAAAUUAUGCACUUGCUUUCGCCCAAUCCUCAUGUUGUUCGUGUUUUCGAUAUCUUCGAGGACGAUACUCACCUUGAUAUGGUUCUAGAGCUCUGCAACUCCGGCGAUUUGUUCCAACGCCUCAGUAGUCAACCGGCUUUCUCAGAGUCCGAAGCUGUUGAUGUCAUGGUACCACUAAUGAAAGCAAUAGCGCACUGUCACCGUCUCGGUGUAGCCCACAGGGAUAUCAAGCCGGAUAACAUUUUAUUCACCGACUCGAACGAACUGAAAUUGGCUGAUUUUGGAUCGGCGGAGUGUUUCCAUGAGGGACAGCUGAUGAGCGGCGUGGUUGGAACGCCGUAUUAUGUGGCGCCGGAGGUUUUAGCUGGGAGAAACUACAGUGAGAAGAUCGAUAUUUGGAGUGCUGGUGUUAUUCUGUAUAUAAUGCUUGCCGGAGUUCCACCUUUCUUUGGUGACUCGGCUACAGAGAUCUUCGAGGCUGUGCUCAGAGCUAACCUUAGGUUUCCGUCUAGGAUCUUCCAUUCAGUAUCGCCGGCGGCGAAGGAUUUGCUUCGGAGAAUGCUCUCUAAAGACGUUUCUAGAAGAUUCUCUGCUGAACAAGUUCUCAGGCACCCAUGGAUGACUAGCAACAGAGAAAUCAGAACAGUUGCGCCAUUUUAGCUUCGAGCAAUCAGUUCUUCUUGGAUGUAGAUAUAGUAAGUGAAUAUAAUAUGUACAGGCACCAAUAUACCCUGGUCUAAAUUGAUUUGCUUCAACACAAAUCAAUUUGGAGUCGAGAGGUAACGGUAGAUGCAUUAAAUCCCCAAUUGUUUUGCGAGGUUUUAAUGCA